CUAGGACCACGAAGAAGAGCGCUGGUCUGAUUUUACAACAGGCAGAAGGGAGGCUUCACUGCGGCUGCAACUUGAUCAAAGUUCCUGCCAACUACGUUUGUUCCUGCAAAGGGAAACUCUACAGGUAACUUCCCGAUGAAGAGGGAAGUCGUUGGGCAGUGAGCGGUGAAAAGCAGUUUGUCCUGCCGGUAUGUGUUCCAGUCCAAGUAUAUGUGGGGCCAACAAUCGUUCCAACAGAGCCACCUCUGGAUCCAGAGGAUCAGGUGCCCACUAUGCCCUGUGUGCCCUGGGAGUGGGACUCGUUGCCCUUGGGACUGUCAUGAUAGUUUGGACUGUAAUACCCAACGAUGCUCUCUCAGGCAACUCCACUUCUUCAAACAACAACGGACAGAACAAAGGCCAAAUACAAUCCUCAUCAGUGGCAAUGAUGCUAGUCGGAGUGGGGAUAGUCAUUCUGCUGUUGUCUAUUUGCCUGGGUGUGAGGAGUAAGAUGAGAGCUCAAAACCAAAGUAACCAGACACAGGGAGUCCCCCUUGUGGACCACAUUCCAGGAGAAGAACCACCGACUGUCGACCCAGAGGCUUAUAACGUGCCCAGCUAUGAGGAGGUUGUUGGCAGCGGCAAUUACCCCGUCCGGCAGAGCAACCUAAGGCAGAGCACCUCACAGCUACCGUCCUAUGAAGACAUCAUCGGGGCUGUAGAAAAUGAGGGAUCACAACCCACUAGAAACUCCACACAGAACAGCCCUGUGGAUGACCAAACACCAGCUGCUGCUCAGCCCAAUGCUGAGCCCUCCAGCCUCACAUCACAGCACAGCCUGCCAACACGCAGCGCCAGCCGGGCCAGCCGUCUACUGAAGCCUCUCAGAGUAAGGCGGAUAAAGUCGGACAAACUCCACCUAAAGGACUUCCGCCUCCAGAUCCGCACCCCCACACAGAACCCAGUGACCAUUGAACCCAUCACUCCGCCCCCACAGUACGAGAACAAGAUGCCUGAAUUGCAGUAAUAGCUCGUCCUUGUGGGUCUCCAAAUGGCCAAUAGCUGAUUAAAAUCUCUGAAAAUGUCUAAUGGUUUUAGAGAACUGGUGGCAAUAUUUCUGAGAGCCUGUAAGAGCACCAUGAAGUAGGUAGAUGUGCCAGUUGAGCAGGAUGAUGGAGGCAGACGCACUCCGGAUAUGAGAAUACUUCUGGUGGACCUCUUUAUCAAUGAAGCUUCAGAUUGGCUGAUCAAUUCUCUCAUCAUGCAUUAACGCAUCUGAGCAAUGAUAACCAUUUUUUGGUGUAAUUUAGUCAAAAAUAUAACAUUUCAGUUUAAUUUAUAAUUCUAAUAAAAUUACUUUCUUUAACAAUAACAUUUUGUUUUAGUGUGUAAAAUGAAAACCUAUGUUGCGGUGCAGAGGGAAAAAUGGGAAAUUAAAUACCAAGCAGAUAUUUAAAUUGUUGGGUUUGAGAUUUACAAACUGUGACAAAAUAAAAGUGAAGAUGCAGAUUUAGUUUGCUUUACAAUGACUUUUGAACUCGUUUUCUAAAGGAAGUUAGUUUAAAUUUUGUCGUUCAUAUAGACACUAAGAGAAAAAAAUUGUUUUAAACUACUUAACUUAUGGGUGUUGUUGAGAUAUUUACUUUGUCUUUUAGGAAUGGUAAAUUUUAAUGUAUCUGUAAAUAUAUUUAAAUAUUUUAAAAUGGUGGUGAAUAAAUUUUUUUCAUUUUGUUCCUUUAGGUUAUGCUGUAAGUUUGUGUUGCAGAAUUUAACUGACGAUGUGUGAUGAUUCCUUUUUUAUGCACAAAUAUUGUACUUACUGUAGAUGAUUUUUUAUAAUUUGCUGUAGAGUAAGAGCUGUAUUUACGUCUAAAUGAGAAAUUCUGUUUAAACUAAGGGUAGUAAAAUUAACUUUCAAAGUUUGGGAUUUUCGUCCCUCAAAUUAUUUUACUGUUUUCGGUUUUCUUCACUCCUGAGAUUAUGAGUUACUUUACCGCCCUCUAGUGGUCAAAUGUUAGUUGAGGAAAUGUGUACAGCUGCAUCUAAUUUUUGUAAUUUAAUAUUACUGUUAUAUAAAACUUUUGGGGUUAAUUUGUGUUUUUUUUUUUUUUUUUCAUCAUUGACAUUCCUUUAAAAGGUUGAAAGGUUUUUUUUUUUUUAACAGAUAAGUCAUCCAAUAUUUGUUUGGUUUUCCGAUCUUGCUUAAGAGCGACUUGAUCCAUAGAAUUGCUAUUUUGUUACAUUGGUGCAUAAUUAAAUACGGUUUUAAUAAAUAUUUUUUUACAGAA